CACAGGUCUCUUCUUGCAAAUCACACCUUCAUUCAUCCUCUUUGUCUAUGCUUUUCGAUCAUGAUGGCUCUUCCUAACUCAAUUCCAUGCCUUGUUCAAUCUCAGAAAAUCCCUACUCUUGUGUUUGCAAUCUCCACCUUGUUCCUAUAUGCAAACUCACUUUCCUUCAACUUCACCAGUUUCAGUCCCAACAUGGCCAACAUAUUCUUCCAAGGCGAUGCGUUUUCAUCCAGCGAUGUUCUCCAACUCACAAAGAAUGCUAAAGAUAUUAACCUCACUGGCAGUGCCGGGCGAGCUUCGUAUUAUAAGCCUGUCCGUCUCUGGGAUGCCAAGACACGAAGGCUUACAGACUUCACCACCCAUUUCACCUUCGUCAUGAAAGCAGUAGACUCGGGAAGGUAUGGCGAUGGGAUGUCUUUUUUCAUUGCACCACUAGACUCUCCGAUCCCGCAGGAUUCAAGUGGUGGGCUCCUUGCAUUAUUUAGUCCUCAUACUGCUUUAAGUGCCUCCAAAGAAAAUCAAAUUGUUGCUGUUGAGUUUGAUAGCAAAAAAGAUAUUGAAUGGGAUCCUAGUGAUAAUCAUGUAGGCAUUGAUGUGAACUCCAUUGUGUCCGUGGCUAGUGUCGAUUGGAAAAGCAGCAUUAAAACUGGAUCAAAGGCAAAUGCAUGGGUAAGUUACAACUCCACUACCAAAAACUUGAGCGUCUUUCUAACUUAUGCUGAAAACCCUGAGUUCGGUGGGAACUCUACCCUUCAUUAUAUUAUUGAUCUUAGGGAGUUUUUGCCUGAAUGGGUCAGGAUAGGUUUCUCUGCUUCCACAGGUGAUUGGGUUGAAAUACAUAACAUUUUAUCUUGGACGUUUGAAUCAAGCUUGGAAGUUAGUGAUAAGAAGAAAACAGGAUUAGUUGUUGGUUUAGCUGUGGGUAUUGGAGUUCUGACUACUUUUGGGAUAGGUGUGUUAUGUUUUGUUCUCUGCUGGAGAAAAAAUAGGACACGCUGUGAAAAGGACAAUGAGGCCAUCGAUGUCUCCAUGGACGAUGAGUUUGAGAAGGGGACUGGGCCUAAGAGGUUCACUUACCGUGAACUAAUUCGGGCAACCAACAACUUUGCGGAGGGGGGAAAGCUCGGAGAAGGAGGAUUUGGAGGUGUUUACAAGGGAUUGUUGAACGAAGGUACCAACACAGAAGUUGCAGUUAAGAGGGUGUCAAGAGGAUCGAAGCAAGGUAAAAAGGAGUACGUGUCAGAAGUAAAGAUCAUCAGUCGUUUGAGGCACAGAAAUUUGGUUCAACUCAUUGGUUGGUGCCAUGAAAGGGGUGAGCUUCUUCUAGUCUACGAGUUCAUGCUCAAUGGAAGCCUUGAUUCGCAUCUCUUUGGAGGACAAGUCAUGUUAGUCUGGAACCUAAGGUACAAAAUAGCCCUUGGCUUAGCUUCUGCCCUAUUGUACCUUCACGAAGAAUGGGAACAAUGUGUAGUGCAUAGAGAUAUCAAGUCUAGCAACGUUAUGUUAGAUUCGAAUUUCAAUGCCAAACUUGGUGAUUUUGGUCUGGCAAGGCUUGUAGACCAUGAAUUGGGAUCACAAACAACUGUUUUGGCCGGCACCAUGGGCUAUUUAGCUCCCGAAUGUGUAACGACAGGCAAGGCUAGCAAAGAAUCAGAUGUCUAUAGCUUUGGUGUUGUCGCCCUUGAAAUCACAUGUGGAAGAAGGCCAGUAGAAACCAGGCAAGAACCAAGUAAAGUAAGGCUCGUGGAGUGGGUAUGGAACCUCUACGGCGAAGGGCAACUUCUUGAUGCUGUUGACAAGAUGUUGUGUACAGAUUUCGAUGAGCGGCAGAUGGAGUGUUUGAUGAUUGUGGGAUUAUGGUGCUGCCAUCCAGAUUACACCCUUCGUCCAUCUAUAAGGCAAGUGAUAAAUGUUCUUAAUUUUGAAGCUCCAUUGCCUACGCUUCCUUCAAAAUUGCCUGUUCCAAUGUACUAUGCUCCUCCCAUGAGUAUGUGCAAGUUCUCCUACACAUCAUCUGGCAUCACAGCUGACUCCGAGAGAUAUCAAACUCAGUGUUCAUGCAGCAGCUGCUCUACGAACUCUUCAAUGUUGUCUGCAGGGCCUACAAAAGCUCUCUUGAAUACACGGAAAUCUGAUAUCUAGCUAGCAUGCAUGUUCCUUUUGAUCUUCCCCGGUGUUUUGAUGGGGGAAAAAUUAACAUGCCUCAAUUUCUCUUGUUAUAUUGAUAAUAAUGAAAUUCUAUAUUAAAAAGGUUCUCUCGAGCGGACAAGAGUGAAAAGCCAAGUCUUCAACGCAAUACAAAAAGUUCACUACCAAGCCCAAGCUACGAUUUGGUAUUGCGGUGCACCGCAAGAACAAAUGAUUACUGUGACGAAUAGGAAUAUCUUCUAACCUUUAUCUAUGUUAUGAUAUUGUAGUGAUUAUAUUUUGAGAAUUGCUCGUAGUUACCGUGUGAUUCCAUUGAGAUUAUAUUAUUGUUGGUGGGAAUUUCUUGACACCUUAACCUCUGUGUUAUUUGUACUUUCUUGAGGUUCUAAUGAUACAACACACGUGCACCUUCGAAAGAGUUUUUCCUAAGAUAUGAAGCAAAACAAUUUAGAGAGUAAAUACUUGCAAUCUAUUAGAUACUUCCUCAAAUUCACACCAUCAAAUUUUCCUUGAAAUACUUCAUCACAGUCUGUUUCGAGAUGCAAUAGCAACAGAAGAGAUACAUGUUUGAUUAGCUGUACAGAAAUAGAAAAGGAAAAAUAAAACGAGAAUACUGGGAAGAGAAAUAGAUAAUGAAAUUUAAAGUUCAAAGAAUUUGCUCUCUUACACUCUGCUCUGCUCAAACAUUGGUGCACUCUGCAUUUGCUUCUCAUCAUAAUUCUGAUAUUUAUAUUUCUUCCAUGUUGAACUCGUAGGCUAAAAACUCAACAGAACGUUUUUU